GUGUAGUUCCAUUUACACUUGUACGCUAACUUGCACUCUUCUCUCUCUUGGUUUUCUCUCUAUUUCUUUUGCUUCUUAUUGUACCGACAUGGCUCCUAACAUAUGGGGUUACUCUCCUUCUUCUUCUUCUUCUUCUUCCUCUUAGUCUUCCAACUCACUUAGCGCAAGUCUUCUUGUUUUUUCAACUGUUUCUUGGUCUUGUCAAAGCCUUUUGUAGAAGUUAGUGGAAAGGAAGCAUUAUAAAAAUUGCUGCUUGGAACUCUUUGAGGGCAGAAAUGGCCAUGCAAACCGUGUAUUUGAAAGAGCAUGAAGGGAAUGUUCAUAACCCAAUUGGGCAAUUUUCAUCUGUGCCACCAGCACCUUGGUGGAGUCAGUUGGGAUCUCAGCCUGUUUAUGGGGCAACUUGUGGCCAAUUGAAGUCCUUUUCCAUGGAAAUCCCCUCUGAAGAGGCAGGUCAAAGGCUUGAUAAGGGCAACCCAACACAGUUCACUUUGUUUCCUGAUGAUUGCAAAAAAUCCCUGGACGGACAGAAGCUUCCUGGUGCCAUUUCUCUGCAAUCAGCUCAGCCAGAAAAACAUGCUUGUUUUGAGAUAGGUUUUGGCCAGCACAUGAUCUGUGCAAAAUACCCAUAUGCAGAUCAAUAUUACGGAGUAUUCUCGGCUUAUGGACCUCAAAUUUCGGGCCGGAUCAUGCUGCCACUGAAUCUGUCAAGUGAUGAUGGACCGAUAUAUGUUAACGCUAAGCAGUAUCAUGGAAUCAUUAGGCGUCGGAAGUCACGUGCUAAGGCUGUACUUGAGAAUAAAAUUAGUGCCAAACGCAAGACAUAUAUGCACUAUUCGCGCCAUCUCCAUGCCAUGCGUCGACCAAGGGGGUGUGGAGGCCGUUUCUUGAAUGCAAAAGAUCGAAAAGAAGAGAAUGGCAGAAUUGAGGAGAAGAAAGGUGGUGAGCAGCGACUGUCUCCACCCACUGGUUCUCAGAGUUCUGAAGUCCUGCAAUCCGAGGAUGGAAAUUUGAAUUCUUCAAAAGAAACUCACUGCAACACAUCAAAUCUUUCAGGCUCAGAGGUGACUAGCAUGUACUCUAGGGGGGAUUUCAAUCGCUUCCCAUUUAGUCAUCUCAGGCAAACUGUCCAGUCUUUCCCUGGAAUUAUGGACAGUGGGCGUGGCAUUGUUAUGCCCAGCCAGUGGGUUGCUGCAGCAGACAGCUGCGGCAACCUUACAACUUGACAGCGAGGAAGGAGCGGGCUUGGUGCUGCAUGCACCAAACCCCCUCCUUGCUGUGACCAAAUGGAGAAGUUCAAUGGAUUUCCCAGAUCACCAUUUGGUUUAGGCAAUUCAUUCUUGGCUCAUGGAAUAUUAUAGUCGUCUUGUCCACUCAAUUCAGAGCUGAAGUUGUGGAGUGCUAGAGAUGCUAACUCCCUAAUGCAGUUCAAAGUACUUAUAAACUAAGAACUAGACUAUAAUGGGAUUAUUCCCAUUUGUCCAAUAAAUGUGUUAGAUAUGGGUUUGUGAUAAAUAAAAGGAAAAACUAUGUUCAAGUGUGUGCGUCUUGAACUUCGUUUGUCUGAGUUUCUGGAUUUUACGUCUCUUGUAUAAUUGAAGUUGUGUUUCUGCAUUGUAUACUGUACUCAAUGUAAGAAAAGGCUUUACUUGAACCUCAUAUUAUGGAAUGCUUUUAAGUAGAAUAGUGUUGUGAAGACGCCACCUUAAUUUGCUGAUAGAAUUUGAAGUAUAUUAUUUGUAGUUUU